UCAGUGGGGGUUGUUAGGGGGGAGAGGAGAUGACGUCAUGCUGAAGAAACGAAACCUAAGGUCCAUUAGAAACCUAAGCCAGCCGACGUGGAAGCAGUUCUCUCCUUCAGGAGAAAAUAAGACGCAUUUCGGAACAGAUUGUCGGAGAGACAGGAACAACAACAAGGAAUGGCCUCUUCUAACACUUCCUGGUCUGAGGAGAACUUUACAUGUUCCAUCUGUCUGGAUGUCUUCAGCAGCCCAGUUUCCACCCCAUGUGGACACAACUUCUGCAGAAUCUGUAUUACAAAAUUCUGGGAUGAACAACUCCAGUACAAAUGUCCUGUUUGCAACGAGCUUUUCCACACUAGACCUGAUCUACGGGUCAAUACCCUCUUAUCAGAGCUGGCAGCUCAGUUUAGAACGACCGAACAAGUAGAAGAGCAGCCUUGUGUUGAACCAGCAGGAGUUGCCUGUGACGUCUGUACUGGGACCCAGCUGAAGGCCGUGAAGUCCUGCCUAGUGUGUCUCAUCUCUUACUGCCAAACCCACCUGGAGCCACAUCAGAGAGUCGCAGGCCUGAAGAAACACCGGCUGGUUGAGCCUAUGGACCGUCUGGAAGAAAGGAUUUGUACGAAACACAAUCAACUUCUGGAGCUCUUCUGCCAGACUGAACAGGAGUCUGUCUGUCAGUUCUGCACAGAGACAGACCACAGGUCCCAUACUGUUGUACCUCUAAAGGAGGAAUAUGAAGUGAAGAAGGCCCAGCUGGGGAAGAUGGAGGCUGAAGUUCCGCAGAUGAUCCGGGAGAGAAAACUGAAGAUUAAGGAGAUCAAAGUCACAGGAGACAUGAGCAAGGACGAUGCCGACAGAGAGAUAGCUGAUGCUGGGCAGGUCUUCAAUGCUCUGAUAUGCUGUGUUGAAAAGUGCCGGGAUGAUUUCAACCAAACGGUAAAAGAGAAACUGAAAUCCACAGAAAAAGAAUCUGAAGAAUUCAUCAAAGAGCUCGAGCAGGACAUAGAAGAUCUGAACAAUAGAAGCUCAGAGCUGAAGCCACUCUCACACACUAAAGACCACCUUCACUUCCUCCAAGCCUUCAAAUCCCUGAAGGAUCCUCCAGCCACCAGGGACUGGACGACGGUGGAGGUACGUCCUCCGUCAUACGUAGGGACUUUGAGGAGAUCCCUGGAUCAGCUGGAGGAGACACUGAACAUGGAGAUGAAGAAGCUGCGUGGUGCUGAACUGAAGGGGGUCCAGCAGUAUGAAGUAGCUGCGAGUCUGGAUCCUGAUACAGCUCAUCCCGCACUCACCCGGUCUGAGGAUGGGAAACAAGUGAAUCAUGGAGAUGUGGGGAAGAAACUCCCAGCCAUCCCUAAGAGCGUUAUCCAUGUUCAGCCUGACCUGAAAACAGGUGUAAAGAAAUAUUCCUGUGAACUCACACUGGACCCGAACACAGCCCACAAACAUCUCUCUCUGUCUGAGGACGACAGAGAGGUGACACAGGAAGGAUGCAAUCAGGGGUAUCCCGGUCACCCAGAAAGAUUUAACUACUACAGACAGGUGUUGUGUAGAGAGGGUCUGACUGGCCGCUGCUACUGGGAGGUAGAGUGGGAAGGAAAGGUGGAUAUAGGAGUGACAUACAGAGGAAUCCAAAGGAAAGGAAGAGGGGACGACGCUGAGAUUGGACGGUAUGCAGAUUCUUGGUGUCUUCAAUGUGAUGGUGAAGAUGACGACGCUACCUGGUACAACGAGAAUGAAGAAGAAUGGUCUCCCCUCCCGUGUAACAGAAUAGGAGUGUACCUGCACCAAUCUGCUGGGGUUCUGUCCUUCUACAGUGUGUCCUCAGAUUACGGCGAGCCCUCAGGAAAACUGACACACAUCUACAGCUUUCAUUCCACAUUCACUCAGGAGCUCUACCCUGGGUUUCUGUUACAUGGUACUGAUUCCACAGUGUCUCUUUGUCAGUUGUACACUGACUUCCAUCAUUAUGAAGUGCUUCGAGAGGCUGGUGAAGGACCACAUCACCUCCAAGCUCCCACCAUUACUCGAGCCAUUCCAGUUUGCGUACCAAAACCGAACCGCUCUACAGAGGACGCCAUCUCCUCUGCCUUCCACCUGAGCCUGGAGCACCUGGAGGAUAAAAACACCCACGUGCGGACGCUGUGUCUGGACUUCAGCUCAGCCAGCGUUCAACACGAUCAUCCCCCAGAAUCUGGUGUGCAAACUGGGUCACUUGGGCCUCGGACACCGGUUCCCCCCAAGGGCUGUGUUCUCAGCCCUCUGCUGUUCACCCUGAUGACCCACGACUGUCGUCCCAGAUUCAGCUCCAACCACUUCUUGAAGUAUGCUGACGACACAAAUGUUGUGGGCCUCGUCCAGGAUGACAAUGAACUGGCCUACAGGGACAAGGUGAAACAUCUGGCGGACUGGUGCAAAGUCAACAACCUGGAAACCUGGAUUCGGAAACAUGAGACGCCUUUUAGAAUGGCCUCUUCUAACACUUCCUGGUCUGAGGAGAACUUUACAUGUUCCAUCUGUCUGGAUGUCUUCAGCAGACCAGUUUCCACCCCAUGUGGACACAACUUCUGCAGAAUCUGUAUUACAAAAUUCUGGGAUGAACAACUCCAGUACAAAUGUCCUGUUUGCAACGAGCUUUUCCACACUAGACCUGAUCUACGGGUCAAUACCCUCUUAUCAGAGCUGGCAGCUCAGUUUAGAACGACCGAACAAGUAGAAGAGCAGCCUUGUGUUGAACCAGCAGGAGUUGCCUGUGACGUCUGUACUGGGACCCAGCUGAAGGCCGUGAAGUCCUGCCUAGUGUGUCUCAUCUCUUACUGCCAAACCCACCUGGAGCCACAUCAGAGAGUCGCAGGCCUGAAGAAACAUCGGCUGGUCGAGCCUAUGGACCGUCUGGAAGAAAGGAUUUGUACGAAACACAAUCAACUUCUGGAGCUCUUCUGCCAGACUGAACAGGUGUCUGUCUGUCAGUUCUGCACAGAGACAGACCACAGGUCCCAUACUGUUGUACCCCUAAAGGAGGAAUAUGAAGUGAAGACGGCCCAGCUGGGGAAGAUGGAGGCUGAAGUUCCGCAGAUGAUCCGGGAGAGAAAACUAAAGAUUAAGGAGAUCAAAGACACAGGAGACAUGAGCAAGGACGGUGCAGACAGAGAGAUAGCUGAUGCUGGGCAGGUCUUCAAUGCUCUGAUAUGCUGUGUUGAAAAGUGCCGGGAUGAUUUCAACCAAACGGUAAAAGAGAAACUGAAAUCCACAGAAAAAGAAUCGGAAGAAUUCACCAAAGAGCUCGAGCAGGACAUAGAAGAUCUGAACAAUAGAAGCUCAGAGCUGAAGCCACUCUCACACAAUAAAGACCACCUCCACUUCCUCCAAGCCUUCAAAUCCCUGAAGGAUCCUCCAGCCACCAGGGACUGGACGACGGUGGAGGUACGUCCUCCGUCAUACGUAGGGACUUUGACGAGAUCCCUGGAUCAGCUGGAGGAGACACUGAACAUGGAGAUGAAGAAGCUGCGCGGUGCUGAACUGAAGGGGGUCCAGCAGUAUGAAGUAGCUGCGAGUCUGGAUCCUGAUACAGCUCAUCCCGCACUCAUCCGGUCUGAGGAUGGGAAACAAGUGAAUCAUGGAGAUGUGGUGAAGAAACUCCCAGCCAUCCCUAAGAGCGUUAUCCAUGUUCAGCCUGACCUGAAAACAGGUGUAAAGAAAUAUUCCUGUGAACUCACACUGGACCCGAACACAGCCCACAAACAUCUCUCUCUGUCUGAGGACGACAGAGAGGUGACACAGGAAGGAUGCAAUCAGGGGUAUCCCGGUCACCCAGAAAGAUUUAACUACUACAGACAGGUGUUGUGUAGAGAGGGUCUGACUGGCCGCUGCUACUGGGAGGUAGAGUGGGAAGGAAAGGUGGAUAUAGGAGUGACAUACAGAGGAAUCCAAAGGAAAGGAAGAGGGGACGACGCUGAGAUUGGACGGUAUGCACAUUCUUGGUGUCUUCUAUGUGCUGUUGAAUAUGGUGACUACACCUGGUACAACUAUAGUGAAAAAGAAUGGUCUCCCCUCCCGUGUAACAGAAUAGGAGUGUACCUGCACCAAUCUGCUGGCGUUCUGUCCUUCUACAGUGUGUCCCAAGAUUACGGAGAGUCCUCAGGAAAACGGACACACAUCUACACCUCCCAUUCCACAUUCACUCAGAAGCUCUACCCUGGGUUUAUGUUACAUGAUAAUAAUUCCAGAGUGUCUCUGUGUCAGUUGUACCCUCUGCUGUUCACCCUGAUGACCCACGACUGUCGUCCCAGAUUCAGCUCCAACCACUUCUUGAAGUAUGCUGACGACACAAAUGUUGUGGGCCUCGUCCAGGAUGACAAUGAACUGGCCUACAGGGACGAGGUGAAACAUCUGGUGGACUGGUGCAAAGUCAACAACCUGGAAACCUGGAUUCGGAAACAUGAGACGCCUUUUAGAAUGGCCUCUUGUAACACUUCCUGGUCUGAGGAGAACUUUACAUGUUCCAUCUGUCUGGAUGUCUUCAGCAGACCAGUUUCCACCCCAUGUGGACACAACUUCUGCAGAAUCUGUAUUACAAAAUUCUGGGAUGAACAACUCCAGUACAAAUGUCCUGUUUGCAACGAGCUUUUCCACACUAGACCUGAUCUACGGGUCAAUACCCUCUUAUCAGAGCUGGCAGCUCAGUUUAGAACGACCGAACAAGUAGAAGAGCAGCCUUGUGUUGAACCAGCAGGAGUUGCCUGUGACGUCUGUACUGGGACCCAGCUGAAGGCCGUGAAGUCCUGCCUAGUGUGUCUCAUCUCUUACUGCCAAACCCACCUGGAGCCACAUCAGAGAGUCGCAGGCCUGAAGAAACAUCGGCUGGUCGAGCCUAUGGACCGUCUGGAAGAAAGGAUUUGUACGAAACACAAUCAACUUCUGGAGCUCUUCUGCCAGACUGAACAGGUGUCUGUCUGUCAGUUCUGCACAGAGACAGACCACAGGUCCCAUACUGUUGUACCCCUAAAGGAGGAAUAUGAAGUGAAGACGGCCCAGCUGGGGAAGAUGGAGGCUGAAGUUCCGCAGAUGAUCCGGGAGAGAAAACUAAAGAUUAAGGAGAUCAAAGACACAGGAGACAUGAGCAAGGACGAUGCAGACAGAGAGAUAGCUGAUGCUGGGCAGGUCUUCAAUGCUCUGAUAUGCUGUGUUGAAAAGUGCCGGGAUGAUUUCAACCAAACGGUAAAAGAGAAACUGAAAUCCACAGAAAAAGAAUCGGAAGAAUUCACCAAAGAGCUCGAGCAGGACAUAGAAGAUCUGAACAAUAGAAGCUCAGAGCUGAAGCCACUCUCACACAAUAAAGACCACCUCCACUUCCUCCAAGCCUUCAAAUCCCUGAAGGAUCCUCCAGCCACCAGGGACUGGACGACGGUGGAGGUACGUCCUCCGUCAUACGUAGGGACUUUGACGAGAUCCCUGGAUCAGCUGGAGGAGACACUGAACAUGGAGAUGAAGAAGCUGCGCGGUGCUGAACUGAAGGGGGUCCAGCAGUAUGAAGUAGCUGCGAGUCUGGAUCCUGAUACAGCUCAUCCCGCACUCAUCCGGUCUGAGGAUGGGAAACAAGUGAAUCAUGGAGAUGUGGUGAAGAAACUCCCAGCCAUCCCUAAGAGCGUUAUCCAUGUUCAGCCUGACCUGAAAACAGGUGUAAAGAAAUAUUCCUGUGAACUCACACUGGACCCGAACACAGCCCACAAACAUCUCUCUCUGUCUGAGGACGACAGAGAGGUGACACAGGAAGGAUGCAAUCAGGGGUAUCCCGGUCACCCAGAAAGAUUUAACUACUACAGACAGGUGUUGUGUAGAGAGGGUCUGACUGGCCGCUGCUACUGGGAGGUAGAGUGGGAAGGAAAGGUGGAUAUAGGAGUGACAUACAGAGGAAUCCAAAGGAAAGGAAGAGGGGACGACGCUGAGAUUGGACGGUAUGCAGAUUCUUGGUGUCUUCAAUGUGAUGGUGAAGAUGACGACGCUACCUGGUACAACGAGAAUGAAGAAGAAUGGUCUCCCCUCCCGUGUAACAGAAUAGGAGUGUACCUGCACCAUUAUGCUGGCGUUCUGUCCUUCUACAGUGUGUCCUCAGAUUACGGCGAGCCCUCAGGAAAACUGACACACAUCUACAGCUUUCAUUCCACAUUCGAUCAGGAGCUCUACCCUGGGUUUCUGUUACAUGGUACUGAUUCCACAGUGUCUCUUUGUCAGUUGUAGUCUCCCUCUCUCCCACCCUCCCUCAUUGAUUGCAUGGCAGGGGUGAUCUCUACAGAGUGGUGAGGUGUUGAGUGUGGAUAAUCUACAGUCAUGUGAAGUCGGUUUUUUACUUCAGGUCUAGGCAGGGUCUCGUGGUCUUUGUAGCUGGGCAGCACUUCUAAUAGGUCACAAUGACAGAGGUGACCAAAGUCUCACCGAAGCACCGUGUUAAGGUUUUGCAGAUGUCUCAGUGUUCGCUUGAAGCGUGUGUGAUGUAUGUUGCUGAGGCCGUGGGCCAUGGUUGAGUGCAUUCUGUCCAAAACAUGGAAGGGAUGAAAAACGUAGACUAUUUUGGAAACAAAGAAAAUAAGUAAAAAGUUAUUUUUGUUUUCAUUUUUGUUUCUAUUCUUUGAUGAACAUGGUUCCAGGCUGUCACCCCCCCCUUAUUAAAUGUGCUGUCACUUGCAGUUGGCUUUGCAUAGGCCUAACAUACUGAACAGCACAGAGAGUUGUCUCUUUGACAGUAUGUGAGCCACUUUCUGUUAAUACCAUCUUUCGUCUCAUAGAUGCCAACACCUUUUCUGGGGGUUUGUUGAGGGUGGAAGUUAAAAACUGGCAAAAACUUUGGUGGCUGGGUGUGCAAAAUAAGUAAAUCCCUCACCCUCAUCUGGGUGUAUAGCUAGCUCAGCUUCCCCUUUGCUGGACCCUGACUCUGCCUGGGUUGACUACAUUGCUACAUCUGCCAUAGUGGAUAUUCUUUUAAUUUAUGUUUUUUAUUAUUUCGAACAUAAUCUUGGGUUUUUAUUUCUAUUCAUAAAAAAAAUGCCUAUAACCCUGCACACUGCCUGUGUACCUUUCACUGUUUCUUUGCUGGUUUGUGCUCCAUACUCCUCCUUCUCCCCCUCCUCCUCAUCCCCACCAUGCCUGGAGUCACUUUUCGUCUCAGCAUCACCUCCACUACGGACUCUGGACUAUAGUAAAAAUAUAAGUUAGAUUCUUAAAAAAUAAAACUUUGCAUAGGCCUACUGUAUUUAAACAGUACCUGCUUCUUUUCCCGAUAUAAUCUGAAUUUAAUUACGAAGUUGUAAUGGGACACAAAAAUGCUGGUCUUAAUAUUUACAUUUCUGUAUGUACUUUUUACUGUUUAAUUACUGUAUGCAUGUCUGUCUGUUUGUCUGAUUCUUGUUUAUUUGUUUCUUGUGUGUAACACCAAGGACCAAGCUGGAAAUAAGAAUUACACUUUUGCAUUUUGCAUGUCUUUGGGUUACUGUUUUAAUGUCUUGAUCCAGAAAUAAAGCAAAUCAAAUCAAUCAUUA